AUGUCGGCCGACGGUAACCGCUCUCAGAAGACCAUCCGCCUCGCUUCCCGCGGCAAAGGGUGCCACCUCGUCACCGACGAGAUCGUAAAGGGCCUCGGCGACUCGCUCAAGAACACAAAGAUCGGCAUCCUCUUCCUGUUCCUCCAGCACACCUCGGCCGGCCUCUCGAUCAACGAGAACUGCGAUCCGGACGUGCGCACCGACAUGGACCGCGUCCUCGACGAGAUUGUGCCAGAAGACUUUGCCUGGGAGCACACCGACGAGGGCCCCGACGACUCGGUGAGCCACACCAAGAGCAGUAUCAUCGGCAUCUCGCUCCAGAUCCCAAUCUCGGACGGCAGGCUCGCCCUCGGGACGUGGCAGGGCAUCUACCUCACCGAGUUCCGCCACUUGCCGCACUCGCGCAAGGUCGUCGCCACCAUCAUCUAG